AUGCAAGGGCCAGGCAAGAAAGGAAGGAGAGAUAAGCAACUAAAAGAGAGAUCCACUAACUCCAGACAAAACUCUUUUACCUCCUGAUUCCUCACAAAGACCCUCCACAAGCCUCAAUUAUUACCUCCCGAAAAAAAAAAUUCCCCUCUGCCUUCUCCUACCUCGUCAUCCUUUAUAAAAGCCAUCUGAAAACUGAAAGAAGAUGCACCAUACAUGAGUUGCAAACCUGAGAGCCAGAAAGCUUGAACCACUUACAUGGUAGGAGAUGGAGCAGGCAGACGAGUCGUCGGUGAACAAAGAGAGCUCAGAGCAGCAGCAGCUUACCAGCGAGCAAGAUGAUGACGGCGCGACAUGGCUGAGCCUCACUCUUGCCACACAGGGAUCACCAGAAGAAGCAACAGCCGAAGCAGAAGAAACAGAAGCAGCAAACUGCUCGGAGUCUGAGGCUCCCAAGCCUUCUUCUGCACCACACAAGGUGUUCUCAUGUAACUUCUGCAUGAGGAAGUUCUUCAGCUCGCAGGCUCUGGGCGGCCAUCAGAACGCUCACAAGCGAGAGCGGAGCGCCGCAAAACGCUCCUACCAUGCGCAGAGGAUGAUGAUGGGGCUGCCUCUUGAGGCACAUGCUGCCUUUGUGCACUCCCUGAGAGUAAACCAGAGCUCAGUGAUUCAGAAGGCAAGCCAGCAAGCACAGAUCAGGACAGCACCAAGGUUUCAUGAAGGCAGCAUCAGCUGGCCACCGAUUGCUUAUGAGGAGGUGCCGAAUUCGACAUGGCCAGGGAGCUUCAGAUUGAGAUCACAGCCUUCAGACCAACCAUCAGAACAGAGUAAGAUAGACUUAAAUCUCAGGCUUUGAUAGGUUGAUGUACAACUCUGACCAGUACAUAAGUCCCUCCUCAAGCUUGUCCUUCUGAAUAAAUGAGUUUGAAGUAAUCAAUAGGUUCAGCUCACCAUCAGAUCAAAAUCAUAUGGUGGUACUGAACUUCGAAGGUAUUGUUGUUCAUUUGGAAUUCUUGGCAGAAUUAUUGAAAAAAAAAUUCAGAGACAAGUUACUGCACUAAUUUUAUAGCUAGAAACUUAUUAGCAUGAUCAUAGUUGAUUCAACUGUGAAGAAAGACAUGCAUUCCGCAGCAAUUCUUACACGAAGAAUAUAUCCCGUCUUUAUCAGUAA